GAACACAGCUGAUCAGCAGCACAGACCUUCUUCGCCUUCAACGCACAACAAUCCUCCCAGUUUCGAGACAAAAUGCUGAAGUUGGUGGUGCUGUCCGCAGUCCUGGCCGUCGUUGCCGCUCGUCCUGGUGCCCUGACGUACUCCGCCCCGCUGGCGUACGCACCGGCCACAUUCAUCGCCAAGCCGGAGAUCUAUUACCAGAAGAGCAUCAUUGAGGAACCGACCGUGGCGCAUGUCGGCAGCCUGGUCAAGACGAUCCCAACGGCCGUUUCGCACCAGAGCUCGACUGUCGUCCAUAACUCUGCUAAGAUCACCGAGCCGAUCUACGCACCGGCCGUGAAGCAAACGCUCGUCUCGACUCCGGUUGCCAAGACGACCUACAUCGCAGCCCCAGCGGCCUAUGCUUACUCUGCACCGGCUCUGGCCUACCAUGAUGCGUACGCGUAUCACUUCUAGGAUGCGCGCCUAGCGUACAAUGCAACCGAACGGAGCUUUAAGGGUUAUCGAAUGAACCGGACCAACAAAGAGAAGCAGAGAGAGAGAGAGAGAGUGAGAGAGCGUCAGAGACAGUGAUUGGAAGAGUCGUGGAAGAGUCGUGCACCCGGAUGGCACGGGGAGUGAUACUGCAGUGGCCAUGAAUGGAAGCGGCAAAGAGACAGCUCUGUUUCGUUCUGCGGGCGAGUCACGUGAAGCAUCAACCGGGCAGCCUUUCAUUGUUCAUUUUGAUUGUUGGUGAAAGAUUGGAAGCUGGCCUGCCGCCGCUCGACGUGGAAUAAAGCAAGUGUCUCACAAAAUCUAA